GUGACCUCAGUGACAAGUGGCAUGUGAAAAAAAAGCAAGAUAAAAAAAGGAAAAAAGUAACGUGAUUAAUUUUUUUAACGAAAAUUUUCACUAAAUUAAUAUAAAUUAAGGUUUAGUCCUUACGAAUUACCUAAUAAUACGGUUCAUAGGUGCAGGAAAUUGGUUGUAAUUUAAUUUCGUAUUAAUUUCCCGUUUUGCAAUUGUAACAAUGACGGACAAAAAGGAAGACGUGCCGAAAACGAAAAACGCCACUGACGAAGAAUUAUCGAAUCUCUUAGAUAGUGCUCUGGAGGAUUUCUCGAUAGCGGCGAAAAGCCCAAAGGACGCCAAUGCAAAGUCUGAUGGUACCGUUAGCACGUCUAGUAGUCAAAAUCAACCCGAUCAAGAUUGGUCGCAAGAUUUCAUCCAGCAGGCCGCUAGUCAGUUCGAAGACAAUUUCGCUAGUUUCUUGGCCAACGCUGAUCCCAAUGCACAAGUCACUCCGGAAUUCAUUCAGAAUAAGCUGAAACAAAUGGCAGAUGCAGCACAACAAGUUCUGGACAAUCCGGCUCAAGCCAAUGAUACAUCGACGGAUUUCUCCAAUUCGAUCUCUGAAGCAAUAAAAUCGCUCAAUGCGGGAACAGAGGGCCUCCAGGCCCCCAUAAACGAAGAAGAACUGAUGAAAAUGUUUUCGGGUAAUAGCGCAGGCUCCGAAAACGAUCUUCUUCCUUUCAUGCAGGGAAUGAUGCAAGGAUUGCUGUCGAAGGAAGUCCUGGGUCCCAGUCUUGAGGACUUUGUGCAAAGGUUGCCCGAAUACAUUGAGAAAAAUAAAGAAACUUUAGAUAAGAAAGAUGUGGAACGUUAUGAAAAUCAGAAAAAGCUGAUGGAAGAAGUGUUGGAGGAGUUGAACAAAGAGCAGGAAAGCGAUAGUACAGAUGUUAAAAAGGAGAGGUUCAAUAAAGUAUUGACACUCAUGCAAAAGCUACAAGAUUACGGCCAACCUCCAGCGGAAUUAGUCGGAGACUUGGAGGCUCCCUUCAAUUUCGAUCAGCAGGGAAAUCCGUUUCCUAAUCAACCGAAUUCCGAGUGCAGUGUAAUGUAAAUGUUCCGAUAUUUGUAUUAAAAAAAUACGACAUCACUUUUAUGAUUAGAGUAACGGCAGAGAUGGGUAAUUUUUAAUGAAAAACGCAUUGGAAGGUCGAGCUUGGAAAGGUGCAGUCAUUGGAUUUGUUCUAAUUUAAGUAAAAAACGGUUCUGAUUUUUAGUUUUAGAAAGGUUCAGUACUGUUGUUGGAUCCUACUGUUAAAAUUAUUUUUAAGCAUUUAAUGAUUUUAUUAUAAAGUAAAAUGUAUCGGUUUUUGUAAGAGUAACAUGUUAAAUGACAACUAAAGCAUUAUAUUCAGGCUUUAUUUGUUGUAUCGUGGAAUUCCAAGUGUUGACAAAAUUGCCGAUUCCUAAACUAAUUAAUUUAAAAAAAUGUUUUUGAUUUAUUUGGCAGUAUAAAAAAUUGUAGCGUUAUUUGUUAUCGAUUUAUUUUCUGUAUUUUAUUGCAUUGUUGUCGAAUAAAAACAUUCGAGUUGAAAGUU